AUGAAAUUAAAAAAGUAUUAAAUUUUAAUGCUUUCAUUUAAUGCUUUGUUGUGUGAGACCCAAUAUUGAUCUAAAGUAUUGAAACUUAUAUUAACUCAGAUACUCUGAUUGUUACCUUCAUUGUCAUAUUUGGAGACUAGUCCCUAAAAACAACAAAAAAGUUGGUGGCAAAAACUCUAUAAUAGACACAUUUCUAUAGGUUCAAGUUGUCCUCCAUCCUUCACUUGAUCUUACCUUUGCGUAUUAUUCUCUCCAUCAAGGAAAUUUUAUUAUUAAGAUGGUGAUGUCUCAGGGAAGAGGUAAUGCAAUUGCUGUCUUAGUUCUACUAAUGGGUAUGCUCUUUCACUAUGGUAAUGUUUGGGCAGCAACCUAUACUGUUGGAGAUGCUGGUGGAUGGGCCUUCAAUGUUGUGGGUUGGCCUAAUGGAAAGACCUUUAGGGCUGGUGAUGUACUCGUGUUCAACUACAACCCAACAUCGCAUAAUGUGGUUGGUGUAGGCAAACAUGGUUACGAUACAUGCACGGCAGCAGGACAAAAAUUUCAAACUGGAAGAGAUAAAAUCAAGCUUGUGAAAGGAUUUAACUAUUUUAUUUGCGGCUUUCCUGGGCAUUGUGCAAGUAACAUGAAAAUAGCUGUUAACGCAAUGUAAUCUGAAACCAAAAGUUCUUGGAUUUAUAUACAUCUGUUUCGUCAAGAUGUAAUGGAAUUAUUAAUAAAAGUCAUUUCUGAUA